AGGGCAUGCAUCUCUCUUGGCUACCUAUCAAUCCAUUGGAGUUGAAAGAAGAAGAGGAAGGCUACAUCUGUUGCUGCAAAUUAUACACAAGACCAAGAGAGAGACACACACACACACAAAGUAUGAGUUUCUCUGGCGCUGUGCAAUGGUGGGAUGAGUGGCAGCUGCGCAUUCUGGUGCUGGGCAGCCUCUUCAUCCAGUACUUCCUCUUCUUCUCCUCCCUGGUGCGCAGGUGUGCUCUUCCAUCUUGGCUCAGACUGUUUAUGUGGCUUGCCUACCUAGGCGGGGAUGCUCUGGCCAUAUACGCCCUGGCCACCCUCUUCAACCGCCACAAGCAGCUGCCCGCCAAUGGGAGCGGCCUGCAGGUCCUGUGGACGCCUGUCCUCCUCAUCCACCUCAGGGGCCAGCACGCGAUGACCGCCUACAACAUCGAAGACAACGAGCUGUGGACUCGGCAUGCCAUAACCGCAGUGUCCCAGGUCACGGUCGCCCUCUACGUGUUCUGCACGUCGUGGUCCGGGGAGAAGAGGUUACUGCAGGCUGCAAUCUUGCUGUUCGUCGUUGGGAUUAUCAGGUCCAUCCAGAAGCCAUGGGCUCUGAAGAACGCCAGUAUCAGUGGCAUGGUCGCCUCUUCCUCCCCAUCCACGCGCGAACAAGGUCUGGUUGCACGUUGGUGCGGAGACUGCAUUUCCCGUCUUGGAUAUGAGUUUUCCAAAAGUGGAAGACAAGAAGAAGCAGUCGAAGAGAAGGACAUUCCGCUUGAAGAAUUUAUACAACAAGCAAGCAGGUGCGUGAUGCUGUCAGAGUUAGCAAGUGAUCAAGAGAAAGCGGGAAAACUAGCUGAUGACUCUAAGGAAAAUUAUGUCUACAGGCUACUGGUAGACAUAUCAACUCCGUACUCUAGUCGGAUUAAAAUCCUACGGCUUUUAAUGGCCCUUGAUUACCAACAUGCACAUAGGUUGUUGAACCGCGUACUCGCUUGGUCAUUUGGGUUCCUCUACACAAAACUGACGAUGAUACUCAGUGGCCUUGGCUUCUGUUUGCAUCUCUUGCUUCCAUUCCUGACCUUAGCUUCUGCCAUCCUCUUCUCCACAAGCCACAAAUAUCAUGACUACAACGCAACAGAUGUCAAGAUAACUUACAUCUUGUUCUUUUGUACCAUGCAUGUUGCUGGAUUUCCUAUUGCUCUUGCUUGGUCCUUGGAUCGGAGCCUUUGGAUAUAUCAAGGUUCCCCAAUAUAGCUUCUU